AUGAAGAAGUUGAACUACAGAUUUUCACUUGGUUUUAAAUCCAUUAAUUUAUCUAUCUCACCCUAUUCCUAUCUAUCUAUCUAUUUAUCUAUAUCAGCCUAUUCCUAUCUAUCAAUCUUUCUCAGCCUAUACCUAUCUAUCUAUCUAUCUAUCUAUCUAUCUAUCUAUCUAAGCCUAUUCUUAUCUAUCUAUCUAUCUAUCUAUCUAAGUCUUUUCAUAUCUAUUAUUAUUAUUAUAUACAAAAAAAAUCUAAAAUUUAAAAUUCCCAGCAUCCCGUGUCCGUGCGCAUGCGCAUUAUCUCUAUCUAUCUAUCUAUCUAUCUAUCUAUCUAUCUAUCUAAGCCUAUUCUUUUCUAUCUAUCUAUCUAUCUAUCUAAUUAUAUCAUAUCUAUCUAUCUAUCUAUCUAUCUAUCUAAGCCUAUUCUUAUCUAUCUAUCUAUCUAUCUAUAUAUAUAUCUAUGACUAUUCUUUAUCUAUCUAUCUAUCUAUCUAUCUAUCUAUGCCUAUUCUUUAUCUAUCUAUCUAUCUAUCUAAGCCUAUUCUUAUCUAUCUAUCUAUCUAUCUAUCUAUCUAUGUUUAUGUGCUUUCACUUUUUCUCUCUUUUUAUACGCCCUUUUUUUCUUGGAUCCUUCUUUUGAAAAAUCUAUUUUUGAAAUAUUCAACCUCGUUUCAUUCUAUUUCUCUCUCUCCCCCCCCUCUCUGUCUCUUUCAAUCUAUCUUUUUUUUUUCCUAUCUAUUUCACUGUAAUACGGAACCUAUGAAUGCCGCUGUACUCUUUUCUGAUGAACGGUAA